AUGAAGAAUUCAUUGAAAAAUAUUAAAUUGAAAUUAAAGAAUAAAACCAAAAAAGGGAAUUUUGUGUCGUUUUAUGACAGAAUAAAAGAAAUUAAUGAAAAGGAAAAAUUACAGACAUAUAAUUUAUUAAACGACAGUAACUACGGUGAUUACUUAAAGCCCCACAAAAAAAGUAACGAGUUAAAUGAUAAUGAUGAUUUGAAGAAAACGAAUUUUUAUGCAGCCCUACAGGAAUAUCCAAAAAUUUGUUGCAAUAGUGAUUUUAGAAAAUGCUGUAGAGAAUUAGCACCGUAUGCAAAAAACUUAAUGUUAAUUAUAUUAAACAAAGACAAGAUAUUUGGUAAUAUUUUAAAAUAUAUUGAAAAUAGCAAGAUUAAGAACGAUGAGAAAUAUUUCUAUAAAUUACUGGUUAUUUUAAUCAAAGAUCUAAAGGACGAAAGUAAAAAGUAUACGGAAGAAAUAUUAAAAAUUUUAUAUGUUAAAAUAAAUUUUAACAAUUUGGAUUUGUUAGAAGAAAUAUUUAGUAGUUAUGCAAAUAUAUUUCGUAUUAUGAAUAAAAGUAUUAUAAAGAAUGUUGAUAAGUACAUAAAGAUAUCCUUACCAUUAUUAUGUCAUCGUAAUAACAUAAUAAAAAUUUUUAUUGCUGAUAGUUUUUCAUAUCUGUUAAGAAAAUUAUCGUUACAUGAUCUAAUAUUAUGUUUUCAUAAAUUAUAUUCUUACUUCAAUUAUAUAAAAAAAAAUAAAUUAAGGGAUUAUUCAGAAACACUAAGUCUACUAAUGUUGGAAUCUUUAAAGGUCGAUAACAGCAAAUUAUCUACGAAAACUUUGCCAUUUUUGAAAUAUAUAAUUUAUUCAAUUUUUUUAAAAGAAACAUAUUAUUGCAAAGAAACUGGUUUUAGUUAUGAUCCACUUAUAAAUAUUAAUGAUAUGAAUUAUCUAGAAAAAGCAACUGCUUCUUUUUUUAUUGAUAUAUAUAAUUUCACAAAAAAAGAAACAUUCGAAUGUGUAGAAAUCUUUUUAACUUUUAUUUUAAAAAAGUAUUCCUCCAUAUAUAAUAAAUGCUACAACGACAUUUUAUUUUGUUCUAAAAAAUGGGAUGUUUCAAAGUUGGUAGAGGAAGAAAAUGAACGAAUUUUUGAUGCUAACAAUAGGCGACCCUUUAUAACAGGAGCAAAUGAAGUUAGCAAUAGAGUGUGUUCAAGUAACUGUGGUCAGAUUGAUAAGUACAACAAUAUAAGUCCCUUAGCAAAGGAAGAAGCAGAGAAUGGUUUAUAUAAAAGUGAUAAAGAGAAUGGAAAUAAAAAUGGUAUAAAUAAAGAGGAAAAUAUUUCCAAUAAGCAGGAGGAGGAAAUUUGUAUGAAAAACAUCUUCUACAAAUCAACCAAUUUUUUUCUAAAAAAAAUAUUAUAUAUAUGGAUAGAAAAAAAUAAUGAGAGGAAAAAUAUCAUAAUUGAAACUACUCUCCAUGAGCUGAGUAAAUAUGUACAAAAUUUAAAUAAUAUAAAAUUAAAUCCUUGGAGUUUUUUUUAUAUAUGGAAUAUAUAUGAUCACAUAUUUUUUUUAUUAAAUCAUGAUUCUAUUCGUAAUCAAGAUAUUAGUAACAUAUAUGUCUAUUUUGUCAAUAAUUUAAUGAAUAUUUUGAAUACAGAGGAGGAACAUAUCAAGAACGGAAAGGACCACUUUAGUAAUUAUUUAUUACGCUUUUUUAUCCUUAAAAUAGAUGAACUUUUAACUAAAAAUAGUUCAAACCAUGACUAUUUUUACUUUAACAGUUUUUUAAAAUACAUAUUUAUGAGAAUAAUAAAAUAUUCGAAACAUGUCAAUAGUUUAUACUUCUUUGAAAAAAUAUCCCACACAAAUAUAUCGUCUUCCCUUUUGGAUAAGUACAUCUCAGAUGGAAGUGAAAGCCUAUGGAACGAAAUAUGCUCAGUUAACUUUAGCGAUUUAUAUAUAGCAAAAAUAUUUAUCAUACAUGAUAUUAUAAAGAAUUUGAUAAAAAAAGAAAAGGAAAAUGCUAUCGUUAAAAAUAAAAAAGGAAAUAGAGUUCUGCAGGAGGAGCACUGCUAUAUGGAAAUUCUGCACAAUAGUAACAUUCAUAAUAUGGAUAAUCCUGGGACCUAUCAAAAAAAUGGUAAUAGUACUAAUAGUAAUAACAUGUGUGUUAACUGUAGUGACGGUAGCACCAGUGAUGGUAAUAACUACUGUAUCCGUGGUAAGGGUUGUAAUGGAAGUGGCAUCUCCCUAAUGAACUGUCGCAAUUGUACCGAAGUGCAAGUACAUGUUGCACUCGCAGAUUUAUGUUUAUUAAUUUUUGACAAAAUAAAAAAGUUGCAUGUAAUCUUAAAAUGCAUUAAUGAAUAUGUAAGUGAGGACAAUAAAAAAAUAGGAGUAAAUUCAAGGGAAAAUCAAAAAAAAGUUGUCUCUUACGUGAAAUCAGUAUUACUACUUUUAUUUGCCUAUAUUAAUUUGUUGUUAGAAAUGGUGGUCACUAAUAAAGUUCUGUUAUUAUUCUAUAAAAAAAAAAAUAAAGAAGGAGAGGGAGAGGUGGAACCUGCUUCAGUACUUUACAGCCUAUGUGAUAUUUUAGUCAUUCUAAAAUAUAGCAAUUUUGCGCAGAACGAAUGUAAGGAAAAUACAUUUUUGGAUACUAAUAUAUAUAUAAAUAGUAUUAUACUUGAUAUUAACAUUAUCAUAACCAUCCUGUUAAAAAGUACUUAUAAUAAUACAAUAAAUGAAAAUAUGAUUACAAAAAAUAAUAGAUGUUUAUUAAAUUUUUUAAGUAAAUGGAAACAACAGGAUAUAUAUUGUGCUAACUAUUUGUCUAAAAUUAAAGCUAUAAUAACAAAUUUAAAUGAGUUGAACUAUUUUAAAAAUAAAAUAGAUGAUGUAAUUCUAUAUUUAAAGGUUUUUAAAAAACUUCUAUUAUUUUAUGAUACAAGAAACAGAAAAGAACUCUUAGAAGUAAUUAAAUUUUUAAUAGGAAUAUAUAUUGAGUUGAAAGCUAACAGAAAAAGUCAUGGUGUAGAAAGGAAGGAUGAUAAUAUCGUAUUUUGGAGAAAAAAUACACAUUAUGAAAAAGUGCUAUUUGUUUUUGAUUGUAUGAUAUAUUUAGAAAAUGAAGAAUAUCUAUUAACAUAUGAAAAAAUAUAUGACUCCAAAAUUAUGGAUGUAAUAAAUUAUUUAACAAAUUUAAAAAAUUUGAAUAUUUUCAGUGAAUAUAUAUUAAAAUUUUCUACAAAAAUUUGUAUUAUAGAAUUAAUUAUGCUAUUAAAUAUUCCCCUAAUAAGUAUACCAAAAUCGGUUAUUAGUAAUUUUAAAAAUUUUUUGCGCUCAUAUACUGUUGAAAGAAAAAUUAAUGACAAAAAUGAUUAUUAUUGCCAUUCGGAAUAUUAUUUUUUUAUAAUAAAUUUCUUAUUUAAAUUUAGUAAAAGUAAAUUACAUAUGCUUGAAGGGAAAAUAGGGAAAAAAAAUCUUCAAAAGGAUACAUUACUAAAUAAUAAUUUUAAUGAUAGAAAUAUUAAUAAAGAGGAAAAACUCGUAGAACUGGUAAAAUACAACAUUGCAGAGGAGGAAGAAAUUUCCAAGUGUCAUAAUUUAAAACACUUUAUUUCGGUGAGCAUUAAAGAAUGUGAACAGAAAUUUCAAUGUUAUUUAUAUAAAAGAAAAAAUAAAGAUGUAAUACAAACUUCUUCACAAGAGGAACACUUUAAUAUAGAAAUUUUUUUGAAAAACAUUUUAACAUCGCUUGAUUUUUUGAUAAUUCCACAAAUUAAUAGUUUUAAUAAACCUUUUAAAAUAAAAAUACUAGACAUGUACGUAUGGAUUAUUGGGUACAUUAAUAUGAAUUGUAGCUAUUAUAUAAAUGAGUUAAAGUAUUAUAAUUUGAUUGACGUAUUAUUUGAAAUUGUUUACAAUUUGAAUUCCAUUUUUUGUAAUUACAGAGAUGAUGACAUUACCGUGGCUGAUAUCGCUUCUCAUACCGCUACUACUACCGCUACUACUACCGCUACUACUACCGCUACUACGACCGCUACUACGACCGCUACUACGACCGCUGCUACUAUCGCUGCUACUACCGCUACUACUACCGCUGCUACUACCGCUGCAACUGCUCCUAAUGUACAUCGCAAACAUAAUGGACCAUGUUCACAGUCAUUCUCAUUGAUAAUUGGCAAAGUUAAAUUUUCCAUAAAGGUUUUUGUAAGCAAAUUUAUGUAUAAUAUGCACCUUUUAAGGAUACCUAAUGUCUUAAGAUUUAUACACAUAUUAUGUUCAUACAAUAAAAAAUUAAAUAAUUACAGAAAUGAUAUUGAAGAAAUUUUAUCAGAGCAGAGUAUUAAUUUUACCAAGUUACUGUUAAAUAUAAAGGAAGAGGACAGCAGCACAAUCAGUCCAAUUUUAACAAAAAUUAUUUUUUGUAUGUUAAAAAACAGAACGAAAGGGGGUAAUUAUAAGUUAAAGAAGAAUAUGAUUUUUUACUUAUCUGCUAUUUCGAAUGAUAAUUAUUGUCACAUACUUAUACCAGUUAUUUAUUCAUUUACAAAUGUGUAUGAAAACAAAAUCGACUAUAACAAUUUGCUUAGAUAUGAAGACAAGGAAAAGGUUCUUGUUGAAUUUUUAAAAACAUGUCAAGGAAACUUUUCGAAACACUGGAAUUAUCUAUGUAACUUAGGAAAUGUGAAUAGAAGUGCGGAUAAAUUUGAUUGUACAAGUGAGAAUAUAACAAAAGGGAGUGCAAACAACACUUUUUCGUAUGAGCACAUAUUUAAUGAUUCCCAUUGGUGUUUUAAUAAUUACAUAAUUGAGAUAAAAAAAGAUGCACUGUUUAAAAAUUUUUAUUUCAACAGAAAUUUCAAAUUGUUGAUUCAGAUCUUAAAAAUUAUGAAACAUAAACUAAAUUGUUAUUUCGAAUUUUUGUUUCAUAUAUUUAUUACCAUAUCAUACUAUAUUAAUAUCUAUUAUUAUGUAAGAAGGAAACUCAAAUCGAGGAAUAUUUUUUUAAGCCUUAAGCAAAUGGAAUAUAGUAAAUACGAACACACAGUAGACUACGCUGCAUAUGAUCUUUUACCACUUUAUGAGAAUAGCAAUGUUCAUGAUAGUAACUAUAAGAAUAACGGUAAUGAUGAUCGCAGCAAUAGCGAAAAUGAAAGAAAAAGCGACAUAAGUUGCAAACUCGAAGUAGUGGAAAAAAGUAGGAGUCAAGUGAACUUUCCAAAAACACCUAUAAUAUUGAAAAAAAAAUAUAUCGAGCUAAAUAUAAAAGAUACAUAUUUGAAGAAUAUCCAAAAAAAAUGCAUAGAAAAUAUUCAGUUUAUUAUGCUUAACUAUGAUAUUAGGGAACUUAAUUUGUUGAAAGUUAAGGACUUUUUUACCUUCUUAUUCUACAAAAAUUUAAGGAAUAUAGGGAAAAAGAAUAAGUUCUUAAAUAUUCUAUUUAAUAUAUGGUGCAAAAAUGAGGCAUAUUAUGAUUUUUAUGUUAGUAUUAUACCUAAUUCUGUGUUGACAUUAAUUAAAGCUAUAAAUAAUAAAAAUAUUAUUAAUAAAUUAAGUUAUUUCGAAUGGAAUAAUUUAACUGAUAAAGUAUUCGAUAUUAUUUUACGUUUAUGUGGUUAUGAUUAUGGCGAUGAGGCAGAGGAAUUUUUUAAUGUUAAGUCAUUUAACAGAAUGAGUCAUCAAGUAAAGAAUAAAAGUAAGACACAUUUUAACUUAUUAGUUAAAAAAAAAAAUUACAAUUUGUUUAAUUCGAAAGGAAUAAGAAUACUAAAACCUUAUAUUUCAGAUAUUAUAUUAUGUAUUAGAAAAACUAUUUUAAAAAGAUAUAAAAAUUUUAUAUUCGAAACGGAAAAUGCAACAUUAUCAAAUAGAAAAAGUAAAAAGACAGAACUAAGAAUUAUUACCAAUAAAGAAUUACAAAUAUUAAUUGAGUUGUCUUCGUUUAACAAAAAUCAAAUACAAAACAUGCAUAUCAUUAAUAUUAUCUGUACCUCUCUGUUGAUUAAUUGUAAAUCUCUGCAUAGUACAAAUUCGUGUCAUAUACAUAAAAUAAAAUUAAUAUUGACAGCAAUAAAAAAAUUAAUUAUUAAUAUAUCAAAAGAGGACAAUUAUUUAAGAAAAAGGAAAAAAACAACUUGUAACUUAUCUUUUCUUAAUGGGGUUGGUGCAUUGGUUAAACGGUUCGUCCAUACGGGAAAAGAUAAUAUCGAAGAGAAGGUAACGGAAAGGGGAGAAAGCGUGGCAGAAGGGGACAAAGUAGGAAAUAAAAGAACAUAUGUUUCUUCCCCCAUUUUCUACUACAAUUCCCACAAAAUGUAUAUAUGCUUUAAAGUAAAAACCAUGUUAUAUGAAAUUAUUCAGAGGUGUUACGAUUUAAGCUGCAGAGUUCUCGCUGGUGAACUUUUAACUAUGGUUGGUUGUAUCUUCUUGAAAAUAAGAAAUAUUGAAAAAUAUUUAGAUUGCUUUAAAAAAAGUUUUCUUAAAUUUUUGAGGAAAACUAACGAUUUAUAUUAUAACUCCAAAUAUGUGUUAAAAUAUAUUAUGAAAAUUCCAUUAAAAAAUGAAAAAAUGAAAAAGAACAAGUACUACUCCUUUCUUCAGAUUGCUCAAAUAUUUUGUGGCUUAAACAUUUGUAAUGAAAGAUACUCAUUUCAUGAAUAUGACUCGGAUGUACAAUUUUUAAUUUUGUUAGAUCUAUGUAAUAUUAAAAUGCCAUUUAUUAUAUCUAAUUAUUUUUCGAACUUGAGUAAAAAUGAAGAUAUAAAUGAAAACAGUAAUUGCUGCAGUAAAAACGAUUUGUCUCUUCCACCAAAGGUGGAAUGUCAAAGAAAUACAACUAUAAAAAUUGGUAAUGGAAGAGCUGUUAACAGUCAGUUUACCUUUAAAUACCUCUUUCUAAAGAGUAAUAAAAUUUUUCUUGAAAUACUAAUAAGACAUUGUUUAUUUUUGAUCUUUAACGAAUCAACCAACGAAAUGGUGAGAGAUAAAUCUAUUAAAUUUAUUUUAUUUUUUACAAAAUUAUUGAAGCACUUAUUGCAAACAUGUGCAAAAAUGGGGGGAAAUGAAUAUGUUUAUAAUAUAAGCAUUGUUAGAGAUAUUAAAAUAUACGUACAUUUUGUUGUUAAUAUAAUAAUGCCCAAAGCUUUGAAUGCAUUAAAAAAAAACAUCAACGAUUUUACAAAAAUUUCUCUGGAAAUUAUACUUACGUCAUCAAAAAAUAUAUGCCCUUAUAUAAACAUAUUAAAUUUUUUAGAUAUAGAAAGCUUUUUAAGAGAUGUUAAAAAUUCGCGUGUAAGGAAUUAUGUAUUAAAUGAAAAUACUAACUCGCUAUUUUGCUUUAAUGCAAUAAAGGAAAAAUAUUCCAGAGAGUUUCACACUGUCAAGAGAGAUAAGAAAAGAAAUAAUGGUAUAAUAACAAACUUUAAAAUAUUAGAAAAUUUGUUAUUUUAUGAUCUAUACUACAAUAUAGUUGCUAGGAAAGACAAAAGGUAUAAUGAACAUUUAUCAACUACCUACAGAGAAAAUUAUAAGCAAGAAACUGUAAUUCAAAAUUUAUUAGACCUAAAAUCUGAAAACAACGCAAAAGGUGUAAAAAGAUUACUUAUCAUUGCACCAGAUCUGUGUACAUACACAACUUGUAAAAUAGUAAUACCUUUAGCAUUAAAUUAUGUUUUACAAACAAGUUCGAAAAAAGAAACAUACAACAAAUUUCUUAGCUUAAAUAGUAUAAAAUUACUUGGUUUAUGCCUAGAAAAGGUUGGAAUAAAAAUUGUAUACAAUUUAUUGCAUAUGCUACUAUCAGAGCUGAAGAAGAAUUCCUUUAAUAAAUUAUACAUUGAAAAAUCAAUAAGUCAUAUAGCGCGAAAGUAUGAUUUUAAAGAAUUUAAAGAAAUGAAAUUUAACCCGUAUUUAUACUUCAGUAAAAAUGUAAUGAACCAGAAGGAGAAAAGAAAUGAAGCAGAGUCUGAUACUGUUAAAUCGGAUAAUGAAGGACAGAAUAAAAGAGAAGAUAUUAAGGCUCAGUAUUUAAGCUCAAAUGGAUGUGAAGAAGAACGAGCUAUACGCCCGAAUGAAGUAUCAUCUAUAAAAGAAAUAAACUCAGGUGUAGAAAAUGUAACCUAUAUAAAGAAAAAAUAUAAUUUACAUUGCAAUAAAUUUAUUCAGUAUAUUCUUCCGCAGUUAAAAUUUUUAAUGUUUGAUAGAACAUUGAUGAACAAUAAGAAAAAAAAAAAAAAGAGUUAUAUAAACGAUUUAGUUGUUGACCAUAAAAACAAGGAUGUUGUAGCUAAGCCGGAUAUGAUCAUAUCCUUUUUAGUAAUAUUAAAUAAAAUGAAUUAUAAUUUUCAGAAAGAAUUGCAUAAAAUAAUAUAUAAAUUAUGCUAUUGUUUGUCCUCUAAAACAAAUAAUAUAAGAAAUGAGUCAAAGAAAACGUUAUGUUAUAUAUCCAUGUAUCUCGGUUUGAAUUACUUUGAUUUAAUUAUAAAACAAAUGUCUGAUUAUUUAGUAAAGGGUUAUCACAUAUCAAUUUUUUUAUGUACUGUCAACUCAAUUUUAGAAUAUGCACUAUAUGAAAAGGAUAAAUUUCUAGAUAAAAAUUAUCUUAAAAUAAACUUCAACACAUUAAAUGAAGGUAAUAUAAAGAAGAAGAAGAAAUGCCAGGAAGAUAUAGAACUAGAAGAACUUUUUUCCUAUAAAAACAUAUGUACCAAUAUUUUCAAUAUGAUUAAACUAGAAAUUAUAAAUGAAAUUGACAAAAAUACAGAGGAUGUUAAUAAAACAAGAAUAAAGAGGAAAACAAUGGAAAGUAAAAAGACUUAUGGAAGCAAUAUAAUUAAACUGUUAACAACUGUAAUGCCAGAAAAAUGUAUAGAAAAUAAUAUAUUAACCUUUUUGGAGAGCUUAUUUAGUGGUGAAUCUUUCGAAUAUAAUGAAGUGGAGAAAAAUUUUAUAUUUAAAAAGAAAUACAUAAAUAUUAUUUCUUGCUAUUUUAAUAAUUUUAUAAAAGGCAUAGAAGAAAAUAAAAAUAUAUCUCACACAUUUAUGUUAAAUAUUAUUUACAAGUUAUUGAUAAAAUCAAUUUAUUUUUUUAGAGGAGAUAGUUAUGAAAAUUUACUUGCUGUUAUGAAAAAUUCCAACUAUUUAUUUUUUAAGUAUAAUUUGGUAAAUGAAGUACAUGGCUUUAAUCAUUUUAAAAAAUGUUUACAGUUUUUUAUAUCAGCAGAAACAUCGCAAGAAAAGUAUUUAGGUUAUAAUUAUGAACACAAGAGUAUUCAAUACCCCGAGAAAAGAAGCAAUUUGGAUCUAAUACAAGGCUCAUUUCAAGCAAAAAAUGUAUACGAGUUAAUUGGUAAGACCAAGAAGUUUGAUUUUAGGGUGCAUGCACAGGUUUUAGCUAGGGUGUCCAUAAGGUUACUAAUAUUUAUUAUUAAACGAUCGUCUCGUAUAUUUUCCGAAGACAGUGAAAAAUUAGACAUGUGCGAAGAAGCAAAGCAAGAUAAAAAUUUAAGUAGCAACAUCACUGCUGAGUUAAAUAGAAAUAAUGAUAAUGAAAAUAGAAGUAAAUGUAUUGAAAAUAGUAGUAAUUGUAUUGAAAAUAGUAGUAAUUGUAUUGAAAAUAGUACUAACUGUAUUGAAAAUAGUAGUAAUUGUAUAGAAAAUAGUACUAACUGUAUUGAAAAUAGUACUAACUGUAUUGAAAAUAGUACUAACUGUAUUGAAAAUAGUAUUAACUGUAUUGAAAAUAGUAGUAGUAGUAAUAAUAAUAGAAAUAGUAAUAUUAUUGUACCUAAUGGAAAAACAGUGGAAUGGACCCAAUAUAACUAUAAAGGUAGCACAAAGAACAGUUCAGCGAUCGAUAAUUUGAAUGUUAAAAAGGAACAACAAAUGGCAGUUAAUAUAUGUGUGAAUGAUAAGGAAGGGACUAUACAAUAUAUAGGGCAGAAGAAUACUGAAGUAAAUUGUGAGACUUAUUCAGGGUUUAUUGAAUAUAUUCGUUUAAUUGAACCGUUACUGGUUUAUUGCUAUUGUUAUGGGAAAGAAGAAGUAUUUAUUCUAUCAUCAAAAUGUAUUAAAAUCAUUAAGAGAAAGAAAUAUAGCGAUUUCAAAAAGUUUGGAAAAUUAAUAAUAUUAUCAUCCAUAGAUAUAUUAAAAAAUAUACCUAACUAUUAUAGUAAAGAGUUUGACAAACUCAUUUUAGCCUGUAUUGAUACCCUCACCUCUUUGAUAAAAAGUAAUAACAAAAAUGACUUUAUGUCUUGGCUUAAUUCGGAUGUGUCACAUCAUGCGGACUCAAUUAACAAUUUGAAGAGCGAUCAAAAUGACGCGUACAAUGGUACCCCCAGUGGUACCCAAAAUAGUAGCCAAAACGAUAGUACUGCUUCUAAUAAUAUGAGCAAAAUAGUAGGAACAUUGGAUAGAAUUAAUCGCAACCACAUAAAUAAAGUCAAACGACAAAAAAAAUUGAAUUAUCUGCUAGAUGGUAACAUCUUAUCUAUGCAAUAUAAUAAUGAGAAGGAGGCGGAACAUACCUCAUAUGAAGAAUCAAUCAAUUCAUUAAGAUAUUGUUUAAUUAACCAAAUAUCUUUAUUACUGGAUAGUAAAAAUCACGUGUGGGAGUUAUUACUACUAUUAAAAAAUUGCUUGCUUCGUGAAGAUAUAAAUAAUAUUGUUAAGCAUCAUUCUAUUAUUUUAAAAAUAAAUGGUUGUAUUGAUCAAAUUUUCACAAUAAUGAUUAAAGAAUCUUAUAAUUUGAAAUUAUCUUUUUUAUGUGGUCAGAUUUACAUUGACUUUUUGAUGCGCUUUCCUAUAUCACAAAAAGAAAAAAAAAAAAAAUUUUUUCAAAUAUUGAAUAACUUAAAUGAUGAAAAUGAUGACUCAAGAAUUGCUGUUUUGAAUACUAUAUUUUUGUUCUUAAAUAGAGUUAAUGCAAAAUUAUUGAAAGAAGAAUUUUACUACGUUACCUAUGCUAGUCUUUUAGUUAAUUUUUCUAAUGAAACGAACUGUAAGUGCAAAAAAAUGUAUGUAUUUUUAUUAACAUUGCUCUUUCAACAAGUAAAUGAUUUAAAUUAUGUUUUUAAUUCUUAUAAAAUUUUAAAACACAAUUUGAUAUUCUCCUUGAAGUCUACCAUUGUUUAUACUUACUUGUAUUUAUUGCCUGUCUUUACAUCAAUUUUUUUUAAAAAUAUGCCGUUGUACUAUCAAAUUAUUCUGAGUGAAAUUUCUUUUGAAAAUAACCAACAGAUUAAUUCGAAAGAGUAUAAAAAAAGGAGAAAGAAUAAAAUUAAGCAGCUGUGCUCAGAAGAAAAUAGUAUUAGCAAUAGUAAUAUAACAUAUGAUGAACUAGAGCAAGGUGAAGACAGUUCUUUAGAGAAAUAUUCAGAAAAUCAUCUGAACUCCAUUCGUAAUUAUUUCUUAAAUGAAUUACUGAGAUACUCCAAUAAUGACAAAAAUAAGAAUAAGUGUAAUGAAGAAGAAAAAAGAAAAAAGAAAAAGGAAAAAAAUAAUGCGUCUGCCUACGCACAAGAGGAUAAGAUUAUGUUUAUGAGGAACCAAUUAGAAGAUUUAUUUUUAUCAUUAGUGUUUUAUAUAAUUGGAAUAACUUGCGCAAAUAUAAAAACAUAUAUGAAAGAAGAUAAAAAUUUAAUUCAUAUUUUCACAUCUUCUCAAAAUAUUAUCUAUUUUUGUAAUCACUACGUUAUAUAUAAAGAAAUUGAUGCUGAUAUGGUGUAUUUAUUUUAUAAGUCGUUAGAGCAAAUUUUUUCAUAUAUAGACAUUGAUUUAAUAGAAAAUUUAUUGUUUGAAAAAUGUAUAUAUGAAAAAUACGCCCACGAAAAGUAUAAGGUAUACUUUUUAAAACAUGAUAACAUUAAAUGUUUUAAGAGAGAUAUUGGCGCAUGUCAUACUAAACAACAUGUCAAUAUAAUACACAACAUAGAUGCGGAUUAUGAAAAAUUAAUUUUAUACUAUUUAUACUUCUGGAAUUUAAUAUUUGAAAAUGGGCUAUUUAAUAAUAAUUCAUAUAUACAAAUUACAUCAGUAAAAAUAUUGUUGAAUUAUAUAAAUAAAAAAGUGGCAUAUCCAUUUUUCCCUUUGCUGCUAGUUAAAUUAUUUUCUUCCAAUACAUUUAUUAUCAAUCUUAUUAUUAAAAAAAUGUUAUCACUACUUUUAAAUUCGUACUUUCUUGAACAUUUUUAUAUAUAUCAUAAGGAAAUUAGUUUUCUCCUUUCAAAAAUAUGCAAACUGUUAAUUCGUUUUCCGUGGAUUACCAACGGUCUUGAGGAGGAAAAGGAGCAAAGUGAACUAAGUUAUAAGAAAAAUUCUAUAAAGAACAUAGAUUUAAAUAAUACGUUAAAUCCUUGCAUCGGGUUUAAUGGUGCCACACCAGUGCAAAAUGGAAUAGAUUCUACUGUUGUGGAACAGAAUACUCCCAAAAAACAGUAUGAAAAUAAGGAUGAUCAUUUAAAUAACUCAAGUGAUGGUGAAGAAUUUAAUAGAGUAUACGCUAUUUUGCAGAAUGAAGAAUAUAUAGUAGCGACUUAUAAUACAUAUGACUAUAAAAAUGAUCAUGGAAAUUCUGAAAUUGGUGAAGAUAUUGAGAUGACCAAAGAAAUGUUAUCAUAUAGCAAAUUUUUUUUAAUUAUCGUUACAUUAUCACGUGGAAUAAGCUUACACUUAAAAAAUAAAAAAAAAUCAUUUACAAGAAUAUUAACCAUAUUAAAUACUUUUAAAAAUAUAAUUAAUGAUUUUCCACCACAACUCUGGAAUCUUGAUAAUGGAAUAAUUAAUAAUGUUAUUUCUCCUUUAUACAAAAUAGCAUCCAUUUAUAAAAAAAAAUAUUUCGUUGAGGAUGAAAAUAUUUUUGAAGAAACGAGUGUAUACAAAAAGUUUAUUUAUUUGUCGAGUUAUUCGUGGCAUAUUAUUUCUCUCUUAGAGGAAAAAUUACAGAAUAAUAAGAACAUUUUUAAUAAAGCCUUCGUGCAAACCAGACAGAGAAUUAACCGAAUUAGGUUUAUCAAGAAAAGAAGAAAGAAUAUAUUAGCUGUGAAAAACCCCACGUUAUAUACGUUAAAUAAGUUUAAGAAAAGGGAGAAAAAAAAAAUGAAAAAAAGGAAAGAAAUGUGA